AUGUCACCAAACUCAGCCGGCGUAGAAUUCGCCCGUUCCAGACACUCGACGAGAACACGAUCUCACUCCUCGAUGCCGAUGCAGUAUCUACCUACGCUGCUGCCAUCACACCCACUUGUCUCCAGACACUAUCAAUUUGAUGCUCUAAAUCCAACCUACCCGGGCAUGUGUGGAUACAAUAUAGAAUUGCAGUGCGGUGUCUACAAGCCAACCAACAUGAUCUCUAAUUAUUUCCUAAGAUGCAACGGGGACUAUCUGAAUACGACCGGUAUCUACAACUGCGGCACCCCCGACGUGGCCGCCAAUGGCAACAACGUCGCCAUCGACCUCUGGGGGAGGCUGGGCACCCAGGGCGGCACGAGCGUAUCCGCGCCCAUCUUCGCGGCGCUGGUCAAGCGCGUCAGUGAGCAGAUGCUCACGGCCAGCAAUACCUCGGUUGGGGUCUAG